AUGGCGCUGCUGCCGCUCCAGCGGUUCCUGUCCCUGCGACGGGGUACAUCGAUUGCUUCUGCGGCUAAAAGAAAAGGCUCAUCCUGUCAACAAGGGGAUAAUUCUCAAGAUGGCAAAAGAAUGAGAUUUUCAGGGCCAAACCUUCCAAUGGACGUCUGGCAUCAUAUACAUUCCCUACUGCCAAUGAGAGAUGCUGCCCGAGCUAGCUGCGUGUCUCAUGCAUUUCGAUAUUCCUGGAGAUGCUACCCCAACCUCACCUUCAGUAAGAGUACAAUGGGCCUGGAUGAACCGAAAAAAUAUUUUAACUGGAGCCAGAAAGAUGAACAAAAUUUCGUUCUCGUCAACAGAAUUGACCAAAUUAUGAAAAACCACUUGGGUGGCAUUAAGACAUUCGAGUUUGAAUACUAUAAUUCUUGCUUGGCCACCAGUAAGCUCGACACAAGUAAGCUUGAUGGCUGGCUUCAGAUUGCUGUUACUUCAGGGGUUGAAGAACUCGAGAUUUCACUCUCUCUAGCAAACAAGACAGAGCACUACAACUUCCCAUGCGCACUUUUAUUUGCUAGGAGUGGAGGAAACUCGAUACGGAGUCUUCACCUCAGCGGAUGCGCCUUCCGUCCCAUGGCUGGACUUGGUUGCUUGACAAGGCUUCAUCUGUAUUCGGUGCAUAUUACCGAAGAAGAGUUAGGGUGCUUUCUUUCCAAUUCUUUUGCUUUGGAGGAACUGGAUCUCAUGGACUGCAGUGACAUCAUUCACCUCAAGAUACCUUGCCUGCUACACCGGCUCAGCAAGCUGGAUGUGGAGUCUGAUUGCGAGGCACUGAAAGUUAUAGAGAAUAAAGCUCCAAAUCUCUGCACUGUUAGUAUCUCUAGUUACGUAGCACACCAUUCUAUUGGAGAUUCAUUGCGGGUGAAGGACCUUGAAAUGCGCUGUUUGUCUGAGUUUAACCUCGUUCAUCAUGUCUGUGCCAAGCUUCCAGCAAGUAUGCCAAAUCUUGAAAUUCUUCGCAUUUUUUCGGUUGGUGAGGUAUAUUCAAAACUUCUUGAUUUGAUCGUUAGAUGCCGGCGUCAUUGAUAUAACAGUACUCAUGCACUGGAUAUAAUUACUGCAUAUCUGUGCAGAUGUUCA